AUGUUCUUAGACCUUCUAAAAGACGAGAAUGAUGGCAUUGCUGCAAAACAUUGGAUAUCCCCUACGAUAUCUUCAACAUUACAAGCAGCAUUUAACAGCCCACAGUCGGAUAGAUUGAAACAGUCACUGGAAAUGGCACCUCGCUUUCUUACUUUGUAUUUCGCGACAGCAUUGCGGGAUGUUAAUGACUCACUGUUGUGUGCUCUUAUUCCAGUAGUUAUGUCAAGAUAUGCUGCGAUGUUCCCAGACAAGGUUUUCUCUUUCAAGGUGAGGAAAAGGCUUUCAGACUUCAUUUUGGCUGCAUUCCAGCGGUCUCCUAACAUCAUUGCAGUACUGAAGAAACCUAUUACUGACAGACUUGGUGAAGCUCAUGAUAAUCCUGCUGAGGCAAAGUUAGCAUUGCACUUGUGCUGGGCCAUUGGUGAGCAUGGAGCUGGAGGGAUAGAUCGCAAAGAUGUUGCUCGUGAGCUGUUUGAAAAUUUGGAAUUAUUAUUGUAUGAAAACCUGGCAACUAGCCGUGUGGUAUUAAACCAGGAGCCAGGAUCUGAUUCCAUGGGUGCAUCAUCUAGAAAGUCAUCCCAAGCCAGGCUUCUCUGCUUUGUGGUGACUGCCAUUGCAAAACUAGCAACAUGCCAUAGUGAGUUGCUUCCGAGAGCACGCGUGUCAUUGGGUAAGGUCGCUCGUUCCCCAACCUCAGACAGGAGAGUCUGCCAACAGGCCUGUGACUAUUUAGGGCUCAUGAAUGAACCAGCCAUCUGUUUAUCUGUAUUGGGACCGUCCACCGCCCAAGGAAAUGGUCCUGGUAUUGUGAAUUGGAGUGAAGGAGGAACAAAGAUGGUAGCUCACGUUCCAUUUUACCUUUUAGCUGAACAAAAAGGUCCACCGUUUCAUGAUUUUUCAUUUACCGACCUCAUCCCAACAGAAUGA